CCCCUCUUCUUCUUCUUCUCUGCAAGCGCGUUGUUUACUUUAGAAAUGGCGAUGGUUCCAUCGCUGCUGUGCAUCCCCACCUACCUCACAAUACUACGAACACUGGCCGCUGUCACCACCCAUCGCCAUAAAUCCACAAGGUUUCGCCCUUCAGUUUGCAAUUUUCACCGCAAAUACAACACCAGAGCCAUCGCAUCCGAUUCCACUUCUUCAGUAGCAGCGGUUACCUCAACAGUAUCCACUCAACGUUACUCAGAAUACGGUCGCUUGCUUCCAUGCCCUGCUGAGAGUUUUCAACCCAGAAUCGAGCACUUGGUUGUUAGAGAAGAAGGGACUAUUCUUGAUUUUAUUACCAAAGCUUUGGAUCUUCCACCUUUGUACGUUGCAGAUCUUAUUCAUUUUGGAGCUGUUUUCUAUGCCCUUGUAUGCCCAAAGCCUCCUUCAACUGCCACACCAGAGGAAAUGAAGUUGUACCAUGAAGUUACCGACCCAUCAGUCCUAAAAAUGAGACCUUCAAUUAAAGGAAAAACCAUCAGAGAGGCACAAAACACUUUUAGGAUUACUCAUGUUGAUCAGUUCGUUGAAGCAGGGACGUAUGUGAGGGUGCAUGUACGCCCAAAAAGAUUUCCAAGAUGUUAUGAAAUUGACUGGAGGUCCAGAAUAAUUUCUGUGACAGAGUCCUAUGUGCUUCUCAACAAGCCUGCUGGCACAUCAGUAGGUGGAACUACAGACAAUAUUGAAGAAACUUGCGUAAAUUUUGCUACCCGUGCCCUGGAAUUAACCACUCCAUUAAUGACAACUCAUCAGAUUGAUAACUGCACAGAAGGCUGUGUUGUGCUAGCUAGAACGAAGGAUUACUGCUCAGUUUUUCAUAGAAAGAUCCGGGAGAAACAAGUGAAGAAGCUUUAUCUGGCACUUGCUGCUGCUUAUGUGCCAUGUGGAGUCAUGACCCAUUACAUGCGACCAUUGCGUAUGGCUCCUAAAGUUGUUUCAAAAGACGUCGUUAAGGGAUGGAACAUGUGCCAACUUGAGGUCCUAGAAUGCAGAAAAGUUCCCUGGCCAAAUGAUUUGGUUGAAAAGACGUAUGGAAUUGAGGAUGUUAGGUGGCCGAAUAAAGAGUUUGCAUAUGAGUGCAAAAUCAACCUCUUAACCGGCCGUACCCACCAGAUUCGAGCUCAAUUGGCAGCAUGCGGUGCACCGAUAGUAGGUGACUCGAUGUAUAUGCCGGCUGCAAUGGCAGAGCUAGCCAACCCUGGGGUAAACCCUUUUGGGGAGUACAAAAUGCAAUUUGAAAGUGAGGCUCAUAGAGAACAGGCUGCCGAAGAAUGGGCUGCAAAACAUGGGAAGGAACCAGGUGUAGCCAUUGGCCUGCAAGCUUGUCAAAUUUCAUGGGAUGAUGGUGACCAUGUCUACGAAGCUGGACCUCCUUGGUGGGCUCAGUAGAAACUUCUAGAAUUUUGUUUCCUGUCCUCUGCGACUGACCGAGAUUUGCUUAGCAUAUGGAAGUGAGGUUCGUUUUCAUCCGGAUACUAACUUUUAUGGUACCAAAUAUAAUACCCAUUUUGGGUGUGGUUUUAGAGAUGGGUGGGCUUGGUAUUGGUCAAAAGGAAUUAUGAUUUAGAAACCUUUUUUACUGGUUCAAUUGAAUGAACCAUUAAAACACAAAUAAGCACAAAAUUGUACAUUAACACGAGCAGAUUUAUAUGGUUAGCCCGUAAUCCAUGGCUGAUUUGUUUUGAUUA